AUGGAGCCCAAGGUGUCAUGUGUGAACCAUGCAGCGCUUGUGAAUAAAUACUUCCAAGGACACUUUGAUCUGUGCAAAGACUCACUCCAAAUUCCACCAACUGCCUUUUUCCGCUUACGCAGCAUAAAUGGUCAAACGGAGACAUUGCGACGACAAAAAAAACGAAAAAGAGCGGCUCAGCGGCGGGCCGAGCGUCUGGAACAGCUCAUCGCGCAAAACAAGUUUGUGCCAUUGAGUAAUCGAGUGAAAAGUGCAUUAACGGACGCCUAUGAGCGUUUCGGUGGCUCUCGCUUUGAGCUGCGCGUCUUUUUACCAAGCUUUGACGGUAAGAAUAAUGCCAAGAGUCGAGCAACACUGGAAGAUGUUUUGAACUCGUUGCCAAAAGCCUCUGAAAAUGAAGUUCUGGAUGACGGUAACGUCCAUUGCAAUCCAACGGAUCGUCUACAGGUUGCUACAGUGAAUGGCACCAAGAUCUUGCUGCCACCUCGGUCGAGUUUUGCCCAGCGAGAUGUCCGAGAGCUCUGCCAAAUCUCACUUGGAAGACACAAGCUCAUUGUAAUUGAUCCCCCUUGGCAAAACAAGAGCGUCUCUCGUGGAAAGCACUACGACAUGUUUGAUCAUACGGAGUUGCUGAGUAUUAACAUCCCGCACAUUACAGACCCGGACGAAUGCGUCCUUGGGGUAUGGGUGACGAACCGACCACGUUAUAUGACGUAUCUUUGUGAACAAGCACUGCCUUUAUGGGGCUUUACCUUCCAUGCGUGUUGGUACUGGCUAAAGCUAAGCAAAAACGGUGAGCUAGUGACUCCAUUGAACUCUACACAUCGCCUGCCAGUCGAGACCUUGGUCGUUGCGUAUCGUGCAAAGGACCUUAAACACGAACAACUACUACGCCAACGCCUUGGUGAACAGAUGCGAAUUGUAAUGAGCAUUCCAUUGCGUCAUUCCUGGAAACCACCACCCGAGUGCUUUUUUGACAAGGACACUGUCUCUCCAAACGACAAAAAAGCAGAAUUGUUUGCUCGAGAGCUGCGACCGAAUUGGACAAACGUUGGAAACGAGGGAUGUACAUACAGCUUUACUAUCUCCUACACAGCUACCUAA